UACAGACGGGAAGCCCUCGGGCUUAAAUUAAUCUGAUAUGCUCGCGAAAAAUUCUCUCAUUACCGGUUCGUCACAAACUUGUGCUCGAACAUUUGAAGGCCGUUGCCUUGUUGAUUGUGAUUCUAUCGAUGGCACCACGCCCAUCAUCGUCCAGUUUUUCGGAAGGUUAUAACACUGGGGGUCUUCCCCAUUUGGGUAGUCUGUUCUUAUAGCCACUUCAACCUUUUGAAUUUGUCAAUUUAGCGACAUUGCUAUAACUUGAUUUCAACGUCUUUGCCACGCAACCCCCUUUCCUUAAGUAUAUAAGAAGGAAGUUUAUAUUUUACAAAUACAUUGUAUAAUUUUAAUUACGCCUGCCCUUCAAAUUAAAUUUGGGAGUAGAGUUGAGGAAGCCAUUGUUAAAGCGAUUUGUGUUAAAAAAGAAGAAAGAAAGUAGUGGAACGGGUUUUGCGAAUAUGUAUUCCACAAUAGCUCGAGGGCAUUUGAAAAUUUAUUAUUCGUCCAGGGCGUCAUCACUGGGAAGUUUGCUCGCAUAGGGUAGUUUCUGUGGUAUCAGAGAGUCAGUAGCGAGCGUCUGCAAGUGGCGCGUGUCUAUCGUUAGUUCUCCACAACUCCAUAAGUUGAUUAUAUAAUCCGUCGCACUUAUGAGUUCUAAUAUUUCAGCAAUGCAGUACAGCACAAGGAACGAGAGGGUUAAUGCAAUCACUGAGAUUCCAUUGAAUAAUCUCAAUGCGUCUCAGCAGCAAACUUCGACGACGGCCGUUCCCAUUUGGCACAACAAUACGACCAAACAUCCUGCCAUUUCUUCGAUCCUGAGUACUCCCGCUCAGCAGAGUAGAUCUCCUAUGUUUGGAGAAAGCUUUCUAACUCUCUUUCAAUGGAAAGGAAGUAUCUACAAGACAUUAUGGAAGCAUUUUUUAAUUUACUGCGCUCUGUAUUACCUGCUGACAGUUGUGCAUAAAUUUGCCCUAAAUGGAGAACAGAAAAAAACAUUUGAGGCUUUGGCGAAAUACUGCAUGACUAACCCUCCAAGUCCGACGAAUUUGAUAAUCAUGUUGUCCUUUUUCACGACAACGGCUAUGCAACGUCGUUUCAGCGUUCAAAUCAACAUGGCGGGAACGUCCAGACUUAUUUCCGUUUUCGUCAUGGGACUUAAGCCAAAUCUACGCGAAGGACCAGUUAUUGUUGAACAUUACGCUCGUUGGGUGGUUCUUUCUUGGGUUCUUACGUAUCGUAUCGUCUGCAAACCCUUGAGAGACUUAUUUCCGGACAUGACGUCACUCCAAAGAGCAGGAAUUAUACAAAACAGUGCAGAGCGGAUGAUUCUAGAGAAAAUGGAAAUCGAAGGAGACCCGACUCCGCGUCCUUUAGUAGUGAUCGACUGGUUGAUCCUGUUGAUAAAGAAAACGCACAAGAAAGGCCGUUUUGCCGAAUAUAAAUAUUACCUCCAAUCCGUGGAAAAUGUGUUGGCCUACAAGAAAAACUGCGGAAACACUAUCAAGUUUGCGACCAAAAAUAUUCCUUAUGCUCUGAUUCAGGUGGCGGUAAUCGUCGUUUAUCUUUAUGGGAUAUUCACGUUGAUGGCACGGAAUUUUGACGGAGUUGAGAAGAGCGUCUUAUUGGGUGGAAUCGUCAAUUAUUUUCCAGCCUUUUCCAGCAUACAGUUUUUCAUUUUUCUCGUCUGGCUGAAUUUCGGUCGCACUGCCGUCAACCCCUUUGGUAGCGAUGACGAUGAUAUCGACGUGAAACAAUUGCUUGCUACUCAUAUCCAGGAUUCCCUCCGAUUGGCAAAACUCUACAAUCAGGAUCUGUUGGAUUUGUUGGGAGAAAUGCCACCAAAACCAAAUACGGAAGGUUCCACAAACCAAAAUGCUGCCUCUGCCGCAAAAUAAAUUUGAUUAAUAAUAACAAUAUUUCAUGCAAAUAACAUUUUCCCUGACUGUUUUACGCCAUUUUUUUAAACGUCAGAUGACAAAUAGGGCUCGUGCUUUUCUACGAGACACAGAAAUAAUUGAGUAACCCAUCAAAGUACACAACAUUAUUAUCAUUGUACCAUAGACUUUUUGACAGGUGAAUGAAUCUAAAAUAAACAUGAUGAUUCAUCGUUA